AUGUCUUCCGACGCCUCCGCCACCAAGACAACCACCUCCGACGAGACUCCUCAACUGAGCGAGAAGAUGCAAAAGCUUCUCAUCGCUGGCGUCCUCUCCGCCAAGGGCGGUCUUCCGGAUGUCGACUACGACAAACUGACCAAGCUCGGCGGCUUCAACACCAAGAAGACCGCACAAAACCAGUGGGGCGAGCUCAAGAAGCUCCUCAAGGGCAUGAACCCCGAGGCCUACGAGGCCGCCGCUGCCGCCAAGCCCGCCGCCCCAAAGGCCACUACCACACCCAAGAAGCGCGCCAAGAAGGAGUCCGACGGCGAGGAUGCUGCUGAGGGUGAGGCCGGAGAAGAGGCCCCAUCGAGCGCAAAGAAGCCCAAGUCGACUCCUCGCAAGAAGAAGGCCGACGCCGACGCUGCCGAUGGCGGUGACUCACCUACCAAGAAGCCAAAGGCCACCCCACGCAAGAAGGUCCCGGCCAAGAAGGUGAAGGCUGAGGAGGCCGCCGAGGAGCCAGCUGUGGACAGCAAGACCGACGGUGAGGGCGAGAAGAAGGAUGCCGAGGUCAAGGAUGGCGCCGACAAGGACGUCGAGACCGAGGAGAAGGAGAAGACCCCGGCUGCUGAGGUCGAGGCCGACACCGACACCAAGAUGGAGGGUGCUGGCGACGAGUAG